UGGUUUAACGAGCACAGACACCAAGCGCAAUGACUACAAGCAAGAGCAAGUCACACAUGAAGUGUUGUGUUGUUGGCUGCACAGAACAACACAAAUCCUUGCACUUUCUCCCAGCCAAAGACGACAGAAGAACCGAGUGGCUCCACUUCAUUUUUGAUGGCCAUGUUCCAGCAACAGUCGGCAAAAAUCUUGUGGUGUGUGCGAACCACUUCAAGGCAGACUGCUUUGAAAAUUUAGGACAGUACACUGCGGGAUUAGCCAACAAACUUCGUUUGACAGAGGGAUCUGUACCUACUGUCCGUGGCAGGUCACAAGAUGAGAGACAUGCUUGCACUUCACAGUUUCCGGCAGCAAGAGAAAUUGGUUGUCAAACAGAUCACCCAGAGAUUCUGAAACAUACUGUUGGUACACAGCUCUCUCUGCGGACUCUGCAGCCUCACUUCAGAAGUGAAUGUACAAAGUAUCCAGGCUACUUGUUCAGCAAAGACUGUGGUGUUGGCACGUCCACUGUUCCCCUCACUGCCCCGCCGCCUUUUUUAACGUCAACACCUAUAAAGAGACCUCGUCUGGAGGAGGUGGGAGAACUAGAUCUUGAGGGCAGCACUUCAAUGGUGGCUUCUCAAGGGCUGGAUGCCACUUAUGAUCCGGCUGACUCUGAAAUUUCAGAUAUGCCAUCUACUCCAAUCCAUGAAGUGAGUAAAUAUAUAGUUUACGAGACCUGCAUCAUGGAGCUGUUCAAGGUGUGUCCUGUGUGCAAGCAUCCGUGCACCAUUCAAACGAGACGGCUCGGGACAUUCAUCUCCGUGGUGCAGCAGUGCCCCCACUGUGAGUACUGCCGAACUUGGGACAGCCAACCCCUACUCAACAACACGCCAGCUGGCAAUGUUCAGCUCUCUGUGGUAGUCUAUGUGAGUGGAGCCUCAUUCUUUAAAAUUCAAAGGGUCUUUAGGGCUAUGCACCUACAAGUGUUCCUUUACGACACCUUUCGUUGGCAUGCACGCACCUAUAUUGAACCUGCCAUUGUCACCAAAUGGAAGGCCUCUCAGGAUGACCUGCUGCUCCGCCUUAGUACGGAAAAUGCCAUAAUUGGUGACGACAUUAGGGCUGACUCUGCAGGUAUUUGA